UAAAAUGCCAAGGGAAGCUACCAAAAAAGUGUUGUCCUACCUGCUUAAUAUUUUAUCAGUCAGUCCCUCAACUCCAAGCCUGUGAGUUUUUACCAUCUUUUCUAUCAUAAGCUAAAGUUACCAAAACCCUAUAAAAGAGGCCAUCCUCUUCUUCACCCACUUUCAAUCUGCAAAAUCCUGUAGCCCCUACUCCUUUUCACCAUGAAGCUCUUUUCAGUUUUCAUUAUCUCCAUCCUUCUCCUGCAGGCUUUUGCAGAAGCUUCAUUGGUUAUCAGUAAUGCAAAACAUUCUCUUACAAGUGUGGAUGAAAGCAGAGAUGAAGUAGCUCUGCACAAAAAAUCUCAUCCUCGGAAAAUCAAUUGCAGUUAUGCAUGUUCAAGGAGAUGCAGGAAGGCAUCGAGGAAGAAUGUGUGCAGCCGCGCAUGUAAAACUUGCUGCAAGAGAUGCCACUGCGUUCCUCCAGGCACUUACGGCAACAAGAAUAUGUGCCCAUGCUAUGCCAGUCUCAAGACACAUGGCCACAAGCCCAAGUGCCCUUAGAAUCUAUCCCGUCCAUUUAUUCAUCUUACUUUAUUUGCUCUUUGCGUGUGGGAGACCUCCCGAUGUUGCCUUUUAUUUUGUAGCAAGGAAUAAAUUCCAUCUAUGCUUUUGAUCUGGAUUUUUA